UCUUUGAGUCAGUUUGAAAAGAACACUUAACUGUUACUGUUUACCCUCCUCUAAGUUUUCCCUUUCUUUCGUACACUGCAAUAUUCGAUUUCUUUCCCAACCCAAUCCUCUAAGUUUAUUCAAUUAUUUCCCAUCCUUAAUUCUUUCUUACCCUUCUUUCUAUUUGUAGUCCCACAUUUUUUCCCAUCUCUCUUCCACCUUUUUUCUCUAAUAUUCUGCCUUUUCUUGGAGAUGACCUUCAAACAGUCCAACUUUUUGUCAUCAUCAGCAUCUCCAUUCCAAAUCUUUAGCCUAUAAAUCACAACCCCAUUUAGUGAAAACAAAGAAAAAUGCUAUGUUUCCUUUGAAAAAAGCUACUAAUGAGGAUGUUUGUUGAUGAAGAUGAAGAAAGUUUGAAUCUUGAUCUCAACUCUGCAGCAGCAAUUGUUUCUUCUUCUUCUUCUUCUUCUUCUUCUUCUUCAUCUUCUCAAGAGAGUUGUGAGAAUGAGAGAGGUUUUUGGAACUUCCCACUUUCUUGUGAGUCUAUGAUGACUAGAAGCUCAGAGACUGAUGUUGGGAAUAAUAAUAAUUAUAACAAUAAUGGAGCUUCUGAUUUCAGUGAUGGAUUUGUUGAAAAUAUCAAUGAAUCCUUGAAUCAAAAUAAUGCUGCUAACCCAACUUCUUGUUCCAAUAAUACCCCCAGUACUGGAGCUCAGUCUAGACUCUGUGCUAGAGGCCAUUGGAGGCCUGCAGAGGACACCAAAUUGAGAGAGCUCGUGGCUCUUUAUGGCCCUCAAAAUUGGAACCUCAUAGCAGAAAAGCUAGAAGGAAGAUCUGGUAAGAGUUGCAGAUUGAGAUGGUUUAAUCAGUUGGAUCCAAGGAUAAAUAGAAGGGCAUUUAGUGAAGAAGAAGAGGAGAGGCUAAUGCAAGCUCAUAGAAUAUAUGGAAACAAAUGGGCAAUGAUUGCAAGGCUAUUUCCAGGGAGGACUGAUAAUGCAGUGAAGAAUCAUUGGCAUGUUAUAAUGGCAAGGAAAUAUAGAGAGCAGUCUCGUUGUUACAGAAGGAGGAAGCUGAGUCAAUCUGUUUACAGAAAAAUGGAGCAAGAUUUGAGUUUCCUUAAUCUUCCCAAAGAUAAUCAUGAAACAGCACCACCAACAACUUCUUGUUCUUCUUUUGGAAACUUUGAGGGUUGUGUUGAUUAUGGAUUUUUAAACCAAAUGUCAAGUAACUACAACAGCAUCAACCAUCCUUACUUCUCCUCAUGUGCUCAUCUUUCAACUCUUAAUGUUCUUCCAGAUCCCAAGAGCAGAUUUUGGAAUGGAACAACCAAUAAUGGGUUUGUAGUACCACAAAGCCACCACCAGUAUGAGGCGUAUAACACUGCGGCGCCACCGUCAAACGACGGCGUUGGGGGCUCACAUGCGGCCAGUGGUGGAUCUUCAUCGGUAACGGCGGAGGCAAGAAAACAAUCACCAAGAUUUAUCGACUUUCUUGGGGUCGGAGCCACCACAUGAAAGUAUGACGUGGAAUUUUCGAUUUGAGUUUUUAUAGCCCAAAUUUUUAAGACAAUGGAUUAGAGAGGUAACUGAGAAUCGUACAGAGUGGUGACAGUGAAAUUUGAGUGGUGGAACAUAUGUUCAUAUUAUUAUUAUUAUUGGUCACAUGAUAGACUAAAUGUAAUCCUAAAUAUUA